GAGCAACCCGGAAAUGAAGGAAUAACAUGAGUGCCGCAGUGUGUCGACUUUAGACUGAGACUAAAUGGCUGAAGUCAGGGGUGGUGAUUCUCACUCUGAGAACUCUACAUCGCGUGUCCUGAGAAUCAGCCAGCUGGACGCCUUCGAGCUGGACGAUGCCCUGGAGCAGCUCGUCUGGUCCCAGUUUGCCCGGUGCUUCCAGCAUUUUAAACCGGGCCUGCUGACUCGCGUCGAGCCGGAACUAAAAGCUCUCCUGCAGCUCCUGGUGUGGAGGUUCACUGUUUAUUCCAAGAGCGCCACUGUGGGUCAGAAUCUACUCAACAUCCGUUACCACAACACGCUCAUUCCCGGGCAGAAGUACAGACCUUUGAGCCAGCAGCAGAAACUGUGGUUGGCAUUGUUCACGGUGGGUGAGAAAUGGCUGCAGGAACGUUCGCACAGCUUCUUCCUGAGCCACUCGGGUUUCCAAAAAGCCCAGCGAGCUCUAGCGUCGCUUAGCGGAAUGGCUAAAGCAGCUAGCCUGCUCAAUUUUCUUUUCUUCCUACGGAGUGGCUCUUUCCCCACACUGACCGAGAGGUUGCUCGGAGUGAGGCCGGUCUUCGUGCGACCCCAGGGCGCUCGCGAAAUCAACUUCCAGUACAUGAACCGGGAGCUGCUGUGGCACGGUUUUGCCGAGUUCAUUAUUUUUCUCCUGCCGCUGUUGAACGUCUGGAAGCUGAAGGCUAAAGCGUUCGGGCUUUUCUCUUUUUCUGAUCAGUCCGGCAACCAAGCGGAAUCCAGCGGUCAUUCUGAGUGCGCUAUAUGCACCGAAUGGCCCAUCAUGCCCCAUUCCAUCGGCUGCGGUCACGUCUUUUGCUACUACUGCAUCAAAAGCCGCGCGGUGGCCGACGCGUUCUUUUCAUGUCCCAAAUGCAGGACCGAGGUAACGACCAUCCAGCCGGUCAAGCUUCAAAUAGAGAUGAUUAAAAUGCAGCAGACGUGACUGUCAACAUGGCGAAAAUCAGUUGGUAAAGAUGUGCCAAUCAGUUAUGCACUAAAAUGUUGGAUCUGUACUGACUUCAAUAAACUAUUAUUAAAUGUAAA